GGUCGUGCCAUCAGCGGGGAAGCCGGAGGUUAUUAUGCGUCAGUGGGCCGGAGGGGUUGGGUUGGAUUGUUAACAGAGAACGUUUAUGCAUUAUAAUUCAUCCAAGAAGCAUGGUAGUUGAGUGACCGGAAAACAGCCUAUGUUAGUGCUGUUGCAUUUGCACAUUGUAUUGUCCCGCCAUAAACAUCGUGUGUUGAAACCGUCGCUACGUGUUCAAAAUGAGCUUCUUCGGAUUCGGCCAGAGCGCCGACAUCGACAUCGUGCUGGAUGGCGCCGACACGCGCAAGAUGGCUGAAGUCAAGACUGAGGAUGGCAAGAAGGACCGAUACUACCUCUUCUACGACGGCGAGACUGUGGCCGGAAAGGUGAACAUCACGCUGAAGAAGGCCGGCUCCAAGCUGGAGCACCACGGCGUCAAGAUCGAGUUCAUCGGCCAGAUCGAGAUGUACUACGACCGCGGCAACCACCACGAGUUCCUGUCGCUGGUCAAGGAGCUGGCCAGGCCGGGCGAGCUGCAGCAGAACGUCAGCUACCCCUUCGACUUCAACCAAGUGGAGAAGCCGUACGAGUCCUACACGGGCUCCAACGUCCGGCUCAGGUACUUCCUGCGCGUGACGAUCGUGCGCCGCCUGUCGGACCUGGUGCGCGAGAUGGACAUCGCCGUGCACACGCUCUCCCAGUACCCGGACAUGAACACCAGCAUCAAGAUGGAGGUCGGCAUCGAGGACUGCCUUCACAUCGAGUUCGAGUACAACAAGUCCAAGUAUCACUUAAAGGACGUCAUCGUGGGGAAAAUAUAUUUCCUCCUCGUGCGAAUAAAGAUCAAACACAUGGAAGUGGCAAUCAUGAAACGAGAAACGACCGGAUCAGGUCCCAACACGUUCAACGAGAACGAGACGAUCGCCAAGUACGAGAUCAUGGACGGCGCGCCGGUGCGGGGCGAGAGCAUUCCGAUCCGGGUCUUCCUGGCCGGCUACGACCUCACGCCCACAAUGCGCGACAUCAACAAGAAGUUCUCGGUGCGCUACUACCUGAACCUGGUGCUCGUCGACGAGGAGGACCGGCGCUACUUCAAACAGCAGGAGAUCACGCUCUGGCGGAAGGGAGAGCGGGCGCGACGCUCGACGGCCGACCAGGCGAUGGCCGACGAGCCCAAGACGCCGCUCACCAUCAACAGCAUCCAGCAGCAGCUGGCCGAGGGCAACAUCCAGCAGCGGCCCACCACACUGCCCACGAGCCCACAGACGCCGUCGGAGGCGGGCGAGGCGGCGAGCGGCGCGGUCGGAUCGCAAGCCGGCGCCGACACCGACCUCACCUCGCCAACCGAGUCCACCAACGAGGAGCACGACUAGAGCCGACGGCGGGGCGGGACGGACCGGCGGCCGCCACACAUUCCGGCGCGAGGCCGCGCCCCAGGCCGGCUGCCGCACUCGGUAGUGUUUUGUAUCGUGCUGACCGCGGAGCGGGGUGGCCCGGCCCGCGCAGCGCCAUAGUUACGCCGUUGUAUGCAUGCUGCGAGCGGCUCCAGGUGUGAAGAUCCCCGCGUCUCCCUCAUAUCGUGAGUCCUGACCAGUCGGCGGCUUCCGUUUGCUUCGUUGUUUCAUUUCUUGAGUUUUAUUUUCAGGUCAAAUUUGUCAAGGCGUAUCGAUGCUUUUUGUUGUUAUCUGGAAACGUUUACUUCCGUGCAAGUUUAUCUUCCGCACGCUAUUUUGUGGUAAUCGCGCUUUCACUCCAGUGGGGUGUGGAGCGUGUGCCGGGA